AGAAGGAGGGCAAGUUUUCUAGAGAACGAUCGAGUACAGAAUCUUUCAUGAAUUUUACGAAAUCAGGUCGCUGUAGGGACGAUCAGAAUGGCGAAAAUGAAAUUUCUAGAUCAUGUGAAAUGAUAUUCAUGGAUUUUUGGUCUAAUUUUGUUUGUAUUUCUUGAGAAAGUAGCCAGUGAAACCAACCGUUUCAACCGGCCGGCCAUUUUGAGAACAGACCGUCUGAAGCUCAGAAAAGUCUAAAAACCUCAACAAAAAGAUUUGUUUUUGAAUCCUUAACCCUGGAAAGUUUGUUAAGUCUGUAAUGGCUGAUCCUGCCUCGCGAAAAUCUGCAACACUUAAUCGUUUACGCUCGGCACUCCGCAGAAAGCGGGAAUCAUUGGCCGAUCAAUUUGACUUCAAAAUUUACAUGGCUGUUGUUUUCAAGGAAAAGGUAAUUUGCAUUUGAUUGUUGGUUAAGUGAAACUGGGUAUCGCCUAUAACAGGAAGCUGUUUAAAGGUGGUGAUAUCUUGUAGCGCUGAUUUAAGGUAAAGAACUCAAACGUUGCUAGACUUGUCUCAUGCAUUUGACCUGUUUACAUGGACUGUCGACUUUUUAGUGUCAACCAUAUAAGGUGUUGCUGUUCUUUAGUCAAUUGAUAAACUUAUGGGUGAAUUUAUUUCCUUCUUAUGACUUCUGUUAAAGGAAAGGAAAACUUUCAAUGCGGAUUGUGGUAUAUUACCUUUUUAGUUCUCUUGUCAACCCCUUCCCACCAUCCAUCAAAUAAAUGCAAGGUUUUAUCCUUUUCAUGACCGUCAGAAAAAAACAACCAACUAACAAAAAAACAAAAAGCAAAAAAACAAAAGCAAAGAAACCAAAACCAACAAAUUCAACCUAUGAGAUUUUCACCUGGAAGAGCUAGUAUAGCAUUUCUUCUUGAAGUUCACUUUAAGAGUGACAAGAUCUUAAAGAAAUAGGUCAGGCAUUUGAUAUUGAAAAGGUGGAUAUAUUCUAGCUCAAACUUAAAUUGCAGUUGAAGUUUUCUUACGUACCUUAAGUUGAUUCUUUGUCUGACCAAACCCUAAUUAUUAAGGUUAGGAGACAAAGGAACUGAAAAUUUAGUUUUUACCAACAACUACAACAGGUGCGUACUGCUAUCCACCAUUUAAAUCAUUACCCAGCAGUCAAGAGUAGUGCCACAUAAACAUUAAUUGCAAAAUUUGCUGGAUAUUAGUUAUAUACAAUGUAGAUUUACUCAGACUGUGAAUCUUGCCAUCCAUCAUUAGGACCACUGGGACAGAAGGACUAUAAUCUUAUUUUCACCUAAUGGGCUUGGAAUACACCAUGUCAUCGUUCACUUUUAAUAAUAUUAUUUCAGACGUGUUGUUAUCUUCACUGCACGAGUGCUGUUAGGAUAUACAUAUGUAGUAUGUUUGGCUAAAAAAAGAUUUAAAGAAAUUGUGUGAAACAUUAUGAUUUUUGUUCACAGAAGAAGAAGUCUUCAUUGUUUGAAGUGGCGGAUGUGCUACCUGUUAUGACCAACAACUUUGAAGACACUAUUAUGAAAGGAGUUCAGGUACUAGGAGUUUUUUUUGUACCCUCCUCACCACCUGCCUUUGACAGCAUUCCCAGACAUACCUUCCCUCAUGCACAGGGUUGUCAAAAUAGGCCGGCAACCGGCGCUACCACCAGCUACUUUAAGGUUUCUGCUGCCAGUAACCUGGGAAACACAUAAUUAUCCCUACUGAUAUGCAUUCUCCUACUUGGGAAACAUAUAUCCCUACUGAGAUGUGUUCCCUACCUGGGAGAGACAUAUCCCUACUGAAACACAUAUUCCUAGUCAUAUGUGUUCCCCACCUGAGAAACACGUAUCCCUAGUGAUAUGUGUUCCCCCACCUGGGAAACACGUUUCCCUAGUGAUAUGUGUACCGUCACCUGGAAAACAUAUCCCUAGUGAUAUGUGUUCCCCAUCUGGGAAACAUGUUUCCCCAGUGAUAUGUGUUCCCCAACCUGGGAAAAACGUAUCCCUGAGAUAUGUGUUCCCCCACCAGGGAAACAUGUAUCCCUAGUGAUAUGUGUUCCCCUACCUGGGAAACACAUAUCCCUAGUGAUAUGUGUUCCCCUACCUGGGAAACAUGUCUCGCUAGUGAUAUGUCUUCCCCCACCUGGCAAGGGAAACACAUAUCCCUACUGAUAUGUGUUCCCCAACCUGAGAAACAUGUAUCCCUAGUGAUAUGUUUUCCCCCACCUGGGAAACACGUAUUCCUAGUGAUAUGUGUUCCCCCACCUGGGAAACAUGUAUCCCUAGUGAUAUGUGUUCCCCCACCUGGGAAACACAUAGCCCUAGUGAUAUGUGUUCCCCUACCUGGGAAACAUGUAUCCCUAGUGAUAUGUGUUCUCCUACCUGGGAAACACAUAUCCCUAGGGAUAUGUGUUCCCCCACCAGGGAAACAUGUAUCCCUAGUGAUAUGUGUUCCCCCACCUGGGAAACACAUAGCCCUAGUGAUAUGUGUUCCCCUACCUGGGAAACAUGUAUCCCUAGUGAUAUGUGUUCUCCUACCUGGGAAACAGGUAUCCCUAGAGAUAUGUGUUCUCCUUGCUGAGAAACACGUAUCCCUACUGAUAUGUGUUCCCCCACCUGGGAAACAUGUAUCCCUAGUGAUAUGUGUUCCCCCACCUGGGAAACGCACAUCCCUAGUGAUAUGUGUUCCCCUACCUGGGAAACACAUAUCCCCAGUGAUAUGUGUUCCCCCAUCUGGGAAAUGUAUAUCCCUAGUGAUUUAUGUUUCUCUUCCUGGGAAACACAUAUCCCUAGUGAUAUGUGUUUCCCCUCCAGGGAAACACCUAUCCCUAGUGAUUUAUGUUCCCCUACCUGGGAAACACAUAUCCCUAGUGAUAUGUGUUCCCCUACCUGGGAAGGACGUAUCUCUAGUGAUAUGUGUUCCGGCACCUGGGAAACACGUAUCCCUAGUGAUAUGUGUUCCCCUACCUGGGAAACACAUAUCCCUAGUGAUGUGUGUUCCCCCACCUGGGAAACAUGUAUCCCUGGUGAUAUGUGUUCCCCUUCUUGGGAAACACAUAUCUCUAGUGAUAUGUGUUCCCCAUCUGGUAAACAUGUUUCCCCAGUGAUAUGUGUUCCCAACCUUCGAAACACGUGUCCUUAGUGAUAUGUGUUCCCCCUACCUGGGAAAGACACAUGUCUAGUGAUAUGUGUUCUGGCACCUGGGAAACACGUAUCCCUAGUGAUAUGUGUUCCCCUACUUGGGAAACACAUAUCCCUAGUGAUAUGUGUUUCUCCACCUGGGAAACAUGUAUCCCUGGUGAUAUGUGUUCCCCUACUUGGAAAACACAUAUUUCUAGUGAUAUGUGUUCCUCCACCUUGGAAACACGUGUCCCUAGUGAUAUGUGCUCCCUUACCUUUGAAACACAUUUCCCUAGUGAUAUGUGUUCCCCCACCAGGGAAACAUGUAUCCUUAGUGAUAUGUGUUCCCCCACAUGGGAAACACGUAUCCCUAGAGAUAUGUGUUCCCCUACCUGGAAAACAUGUAUCCCUAGUGAUAUGUGUUCCCCCACCUGGGAAACGCAUAUCCCUAGUGAUAUGUGUUCCCCUACCUGGGAAACACGUAUCCCUAGUGAUAUGUGUCCCCCACCUGGGAAAUGCAUGUCUCUAGUGAUAUGUGUUCCUCUACCUGGGAAACACAUAUCCCCAGUGAUAUGUGUUCCCCCAUCUGGGAAAUGCAUAUCCCUAGCGAUUUAUGUUCGUCUCCUGGCAAACACAUAUCCCUAGUGAUAUGUGUUUUCCCUCCUGGGAAACACGUAUCCCUAGUGAUUUAUGUUCCCCUACCUGGAAAACACAUAUCCCUAGUGAUAUGCGUUCCCCUACCUGGGAAAGAGGUAUCUCUAGUGAUAUGUGUUCCGGCACCUGGGAAACACGUAUCCCUAGUGAUAUGUGUUCCCCUACCUGGGAAACACAUAUCCCUAGUGAUGUGUCUUCCCCCACCUGGGAAACAUGUAUCCCUGGUGAUAUGUGUUCCCCUACUUGGGAAACACAUACCUCUAGUGAUAUGUGUUCCUCCACCUGGGAAACACGUAUCUCUAGUGAUAUGUGUUCCGUCACUUGGGAAACACGUAUCCCUAGUGAUAUGUGUUCCGGCACCUGGGAAACAUGCAUCCCUAGUGAUAUGUGUUCCCCCACCUGGGAAACAUGUAUCUCUAGUGAUAUGUGUUCCGGCACCUGGGAAACACGUAUCCCUAGUGAUAUAUGUUCCCCCACCUGGGAAACACAUAUCCCUAGUGAUAUGUGUUCCCCAACCUGGGAAACAGAUAUCCCUAGUGAUAUGUGUUCCCCCUACCGGGGAAAGACGUAUCUCUAGUGAUAUGUGUUCCGGCACCUGGGAAACACGUAUCCCUAGUGAUAUGUUGUCCCCUACCUGGGAAACACAUAUCCCUAGUGAUAUGUGUUUCCCCACGUAGGAAACAUGUAUCCCUGGUGAUAUGUGUUCCCCUACUUGGGAAACACAUAUCUCUAGUGAUAUGUGUUCCUCCACCUGGGAAACACGUAUCCCUAGUGAUAUGUGUUCCCCCUACCUGGGAAACACAUAUCCCUAAAGAUAUGUACUUCCCCACGUAGGAAACAUGUAUCCCUGGUGAUAUGUGUUCCCCUACUUGGGAAACACAUAUCCCUAGUGAUAUGUGUUCUCCCACCUGGGAAACAUGAUCCCUGGUGAUAUGUGUUCCCCUACUUGGCAAACACAUAUCUCCAGUGAUGUGUGUUCUGGCACCUGGGAAACACAUAUCCUUAGUGAUAUGUGUUCCCCCACCUGGGAAACAGGUAUCCCUGGUGAUAUGUGUUCCCUUACUUGGGAAACACAUAUCUCCAGUGAUAUGUGUUGCGGCACCUGAGAAACACAUAUCCCUAGUGAUAUGUGUUGCCCUACCUUGGAAACACAUAUCCCUUGUGAUAUGUGUUCCCCCUCCUGGGAACCAUGUAUCCCUAGUGAUUUAUGUUCCCCUUCCUUCCACAUAUCCCUAGUGAACAUUGUAUUUAAUGCGGUUUAGUGAGAACCUUUCCUUCGUUUGUAUUUACAGUCACAUAUAAUGAUAAUGAAUUUGAAACAAAGGAAAACUUUGUUUCUUUUUAGGAAGAAGUGUAUUCUCUGGAUAGUUCAAAACAGUUUCUGGAUAAAGAUGUGGUACAACUUCAUUCUACAAGAUAUCAGCCUUUGAGGAAAGUAUGUGGUCAUGAUAUGCUUGACAUUAUUUUAUUUGAAAGUAUUUAGGGGUGUCAAUGAAAGCUGGCAGUCUUUCAUCACCUUAAGAAUCUCCAACUGUCAUCUUUUAAGGGUUGAGAGAACAAUGUUUCCUGGAUUCUUUUCUGGGCAAAGCCACGUAAAGUAUUCUACCACCAGUAGGCAGUUACAUAAAAAUUUAUUGGAACCCCUGAAUAUUGAUGACAUCUUCUGUACCCAUUAAAUAAUUAUUUCUGUUUGGCAAAACCAGAUUGUUGCAUCCUGUUCUUAUUUUGAUUUGAACUGUCUGUAUAAAAUUCACAUUAUUCACACCAUCUUUACACCAAAGCUGCAUUGUAUUAGGAUCUGUGAAGAUUUUUUCUUUCUUGUUUUAAGCUCCGUAUUUUCACCUAGUGUGAUAGGCACUUAGCCUGGCUUUGAAGCAGAGGCUUUAGGCAACUCGGAAGUAGCCUAUCAUGGAAUUUAAUGUUUUUCAUUUUAACAUUGUACAGGACAUAAUUGGAUGUGUGCAGGAAAUUAAUUUCUUUCUUUGGCCACGGAAUGACAUUGAUAAGAUUAUCUGCCUGCUUUUUUCGCGUUGGAAAGGGGAUGAGAAUUGUGAAUACAGACUAAUUCAGGUAAAUACUGUUAUGCUAUGCAUUCAAACCAUAUUUUACUGCUGUUACUCUCACCUUCUACUUGCACAUAUUUCUGGGUGGAAAGUCUGCUAAUGGUAGUAAUUGGAAUGUCUGUAAACAUUUGAAGGUUUGGUCACAUACACGUACAACUCUGCAUUCAAGUUUAUUUUAUGGAUUAGAGUUGUUUUGACAUGCUCCUAUAGUAGUACAAGGGUUAAUUUACAUUCAAACAAACUUUCGUCUCAUGAAUGGUGAAUGGUAGGCUUGGAAGUCCAUAUUGGUUGAUGUUUGUUUUAUGGUAGUUGAACGGCCUUCCAAGGGGAGUAUACUGUUGCUUUGUCACUCAUUUCUGAGACUGCCUGUUACCUGGUAGGUUAGGAAAAAAUGUCGCUGUCACAUUCGAUAAAGUGUCUGGAAAGAGUUAAUUUUUAUUAACCUUUCUAUCUCAAGGGAUCAUUCUUGAGUAAUACCAUAAUAUUAAAAAAACAUCUGAAAGGAAAUAACAGAAAAUGUUUGGAAAUAAUGGAAGAAAGUUUGUUAUUUUGCUGAAACAGCUAAAAUGCAAAAGUGAACAGAUGUCGCUUUCACUACUUAAAAAAUGGUUUGUCGCUGUUACAAUUCUUUCCUUCUUUUCUGUCACUCAACUGUUGGUGCUUUCUGAGAGGAUGAAAGUUUUUUGGGGCUAUGUUGCAAGUCCCUUCUACCCCCUGGAAGGUAACCCUCGGUUGAGUUAGUUGUAUGUUGUGAUGGCCUACUGGGCAGAUGACCUAUGAACCCUUUAAGCCCCAAUAUCCACAAUACAUUUCUUUAAAGAAUAAGUUGAGAGAAUUUGAGAAAAGAUCAAAGCAUUUUCUCUUUGGUGAUCAUUUAAUUAAUUCUCAUAACCUAAUCUCUUGACAUUGUAUGGAUAUCGUUAGGAGAAAAUUGAUGUUGGUCACUAUUGGGACUUAAACGGUUAAACUUGGGACCUGUAGAUCAAGGUUCAAACCUUUGACCUGCCGCCAUGGCAUUGUUUCCUUAGACAAUAUAAAUACUAGAUUGGCUCAAUUCUCUGGUAAUUUUACUCUACCAAAGUCAAACUGUUUUUUGUUUUCCUUGGCAGAAUGGAUACUUUGUUGCUUGUUAUGUACAAACUUGAAAUAAUUAGAUUACCAUAGAACUUAGAGAAAUAAAAACAGAGAAAAUGUUAGCAGCAAAAUUUACUGAAAAUUGAGCCAAGGGGAAAAUAAAUGGAUUGUGUCACAUGGCCCUGUAGAGAUACAAAAUUUAUCUUUGAGUGUGGAAGAAUAUUUUAUGAGUGAGCAUAGCAAAAGUUAGUGAAAGAAUUUUCUACAUCAGAAGAUAGACUUUGUACCUCCUUGAGCAUUAUUAUAAUUUUCUAUGUUAUUAACACCAAUGAAAUACCAAGCCAUUUUACUUUAGUAUUUUUUGCUGCAAAAGGUUUGAUUUAUUAUUUAACCAUAGCAAUGGUGAUCUUUUGAAGAUAGCAUGUUAUUUUCACAUGUGAAGAUAUCUUGUUUUCAUGCAAGGCCUCACCUGGUAUUUUGUGGGCGUUUUUAUAAUAAAAUAAUAUUAGUUUGCUUUAGCAGGAACUUUUUAAGUUACCAGUAAUAUUCCUUGAGCCAUUAAGGUUUCUACCUUAGUAUGAAGCAAGAGGAAUUAAGAAGAAUUCUAAAAAGCACAGACCAAUGUUUUGUGUUUUAUAUUCAGGCCAAGUUUGAGUUUGACUACCUUGACUAUGAGAAGCAACUCUUGAGGCUUAUCAGUAGAAAAGAGCACAAUGGUUUGGUUAUCAAUAAUUCAUCACAGUCACUGUUCCUUUUUGUGGAUAAACAUCAUUUGCAGGUACAGCAGUUUAAUAUGUAG